CUCCAUUGAUUGAUGAGAAAAGGAACACGGCAUGGGUUCAAGAUCAUCAGUACGAGUGGUCGACUCCUGCCUCGUACCGCCCAGCGCCGAGACGCCGCGUAAAGCGCUAUGGCUUUCCGCGCUGGACCUGGUGCUGGCCAACCGAGGCUACACCCCGCUCGUCCAUCUCUACAGCGCCAGUGACCUCGCCGCCGCCGCCACGGACUGGUUUAACGUGGCGAAGCUCAAGAAGUCCAUGGCGAAGGCGCUCGUCCCGUUCUACCCUCUGGCCGGCCGCCUCAGCACGGAUUCUGACGGCCGUAUAGAGGUCAACUGCAACGCGGAGGGCGCGCUGUUCGUGGUCGCCCACUCCGAUCACACCGUCGAGGACUUCAGGGACUCGCCGGAGCUAAGGAAGCUGCUCUGUCCUCGCGUCCAGCAGUCGUCCGUCAUACUGGCCGCACAGGUGACCUUCUUGAGGUGCGGCGGCGCAGUCAUAGGUACGGCGGGGCACCACGCCGUGGUGGACGGCGCCAGCAUGUUCCAUUUCAUCCGGACGUGGGCGAGGUACUGCAGGGACGGCGAGCGCGCCGCGAUAGAGCCACCGUUCCACGACCGCCGCCUCCUCCGCGCGCGGUCCCCGCCCAUCGUCCGCCCCGAAACCGUCCCCAUGUUCUGCAGCAGGCUAGCCAUGCACGAGCCGUCGCCGACGUCCGCCGUCGCGACCGAGGUCUUCGCCUUCUCCAAGGACCAGCUUCGCGCCCUCAAGCGUCACUGCGGCGGCGCCAGCACGUUCUGCGCCGUGAGCGCGCUCGUGUGGCGGUGCGUCUGCGUCGCCCGCAGGCUGGACCCGGACACCGUCACCCGCAUGAACUUUCCCGUGGACGUCAGGCGCCGGCUUGAGCCGCCGCUCCCGGACGGGUACUUCGGCAACGGGGUCGUCAACGUCUUCGCCACCGCCGCGGUGAGGGACGUCGUGUCGGAGACGCUGGCCUCCGUUGCCAACCGAAUAAAAGGCACGACGGAGCGGUUCGACGACGGGCUGCUGAGGUCGGCGGUGGACUACUUCGAGAUGGAGGCGGAGAAGGGCGGGCGGCCGGAGCACAGCGGGAACCUGCCGGAGACGGAGCUGCGGAUGAACAGCUGGUACCACCUGCGCACGUACGAGGCCGACUUCGGGUGGGGGAAGCCGCGCGUGAUGACGCGGGCGGAGGCCGUGCGCGGCGGCUGGGUGUACCUCUUGGAUGCGGGCUGCGGCGACGGCAGCGCGCACCUGCUCGUCUCCUUGGAGGCGGCCACUCUCGAGAAAUUCCAGCGCGCGAUCGCCACAUGUGGAGCUCUAGCCAACGCACAUGCAAGGCUAUGAGCCUAGGCCCUAGGACCAUAAGCUUGCACGUGAUUAAAUUUAGGGAGCAUCUAUUUUUAUUAAGUUUAAUUCUUGCUUUGACUCUUCGCUAGGUGCCGAAAAUAUUCAAACAAUUUUCAAAUUGGACUCAUGGUUCAAGGGAUACAAAAGGUUCAAAUUUA